AGGUAACUAUCAACGGCAAUCGAUUCCGACGAGCGCGGUUGCAGUAAUGCGCAUUUCUGACAGGUUUGCCAGCUAAAAGUUCGUAACUGCAAGUCCAUCGAGAAACAAUUGGUCAGCGAUCCUAGCGCAGAUUUGAUUAUCGCAUGACUGGUGUAAUACGUGUCUGUUGAUUUUAUCGAGUGUUAUUUAUAUUUUCAUUACGUUGCCCAAUGUUGCGCCGAGGGCAAAAACACUUGUAAAGUUUUGUUUUUCAAUUCCGCGGCGAUUGCGUUUCAUGAACUAAAAGUGGGCGCGCUUGGAAUUGCAGUGUGUCUAGUAUAUCUUCUCACUCUCGUUCCCUUUAUAAUAUAGUAUUUUAUCAAUUUACCCGUCUGUAUGGGAGGCAUCAAUUCACGUGGUAUGGAUUUCGACCAGGACCCAGGCCUUGCUGCGGUUUUGCAAUACUUAAUACGAAGCGGGCAGGUACACAUUGUAUCCUCGGACCAUGAAGAUUCAGACGAGGAAUAUGCUGCGAAUUCGCAGCCUCCACGUAUUACUUCUCCACCAAACACAUCAAGACUUGAUAGAAGUGAAAUAAGCCUGGCGACCAAACAAGCAUGUGGUCUUGUUGAGAAUCGCAGUGGACCCACAAAUGUAUCAGUAACCUCCAUGAUCCAGAAGCGAGCUCUUGGUCCUGGUUUCAGUGCAGGCCAGAAAUGCAGAAUAACCAGCAGUUUUUUGCCGAAUAAGAUGUAUCAAGUAGCAAAAUAUAACAGUAAAGCAUUCUGUGGUUCCUAUUCUAAAGAUGGAAGAUUCUUUCUCACUGCCAGUCAAGACAGAUGUUUACGCCUGUAUCACACGCAUAACGGAAAUUUUCUGGAGUUUAAAAAGAUCUCAGCUCGUGACGUUGGAUGGAGUAUUUUAGACACUGCGUUCAGUCCAGACGGCAAUUACAUUGUUUAUUCCAGUUGGUCAGAAUGUCUGUAUCUGUGUCCUGUUUACGGGGACUCCAGCAAUCAAGAGUCGUUGUCGCUGUGUCCGGAAGAUCGAAGAUUUUGUAUAUUCUCUUUAGUCUUCUCAAGCGACGGUCGUGAAAUUCUCGGUGGUGCUAACGAUGGCUUUCUUUAUGUAUACGAUCGCGAAUGUCAUCAGCGUGCUCUCAGGAUUGAGGGUCACGAUGACGAUGUAAAUACAGUUGCCUUCGCCGAUAAUACAUCACAAAUUUUGUACAGUGCAGGAGAUGAUGGAUUGUGCAAGGUUUGGGACAGACGAACUUUAAGUGAAACUGAUCCACAUCCAGUGGGUGUUCUUGCGGGACAUAUGGACGGUAUUACGUAUAUUGAUCCACGAGGAGAUGGGAGACAUUUAGUGACUAAUAGUAAAGAUCAGACUAUUAAAUUAUGGGACGUUCGAGCCUUUUCGGAUGAGAAUGCUGAGCAAAAUACUCGUAAAGCCGUAACAAAUCAGAAUUGGGAUUAUAGAUGGCAACGCGUACCUAAACGCUUACACAGAGCAAGAAAUAUGCUUGAGGGUGACACGAGUAUCAUGACCUACCGCGGCCAUUCUGUUCUGCAAACUUUAAUUCGGUGUCACUUUUCUCCUGCCGCCACAACUGGGCAGCGAUACAUAUAUACGGGAUGUGCAUCUGGACGGGUGAUAAUCUAUGACGUUCUGACCGGAAGGAUAGUAAGUUCGUUAAGCGGCCACAGAGGAUGCGUAAGGGAUGUUAGUUGGCAUCCGUUCCGUCAAGAAAUUGUCUCCACGUCGUGGGAUGGUGCCAUAGCCAGCUGGCGAUACGCAGGUAAGAGUUCCAUGGAUAACUCCGAUUCCGAAGAGGAAAGCGACACGGAAUCUCCACCGCGCACAUUACGUCGUAGCCAGAGAAUAGCGGCUCAGAGAGCAAAGCACACGGCAGCUUGCACAUUGAUAGACAUACACAAUUAAAGCAAAACGGUGUGCAGAGACAGUCACAGUUGAUUAAGGUCUCUUGGAACAGUGCAAAUUGGUUCUGUCCCCCAUGAAGAGGUCGCUAACGAUGUUCUCUCAUCGAGUUUACUAACCAGAUCCCAAAAUCCGCAAGAGUAUAGGAUCACAUGCAAGACUGAAACGAACGUUUUUGUUGUGUUUAAAGAUCAGUGUUAAUAAGGCAGCCCAAUUUUACUUUAUGAAGAAUUACAUAUUUUCCGAAGAAAAAUAUGACAAAAAAGAAGAUGAAAUGACAUUAAAAUUCUGGGGAAUCGUAUUCUCUUUCUUUUUUUUUUUGUUUUACGAAGAGAGCGAGAUUUCCAAUAUCAAUCAUAAUCGAAUGUUUUCAUGACAAAGUAUGCGUUCGAACCCAAAUGUCAUCAAAUGGAUAUUUUUAACUACGCAUACAAGAGAUUCUUCACGUUCCUUCGACUUUAUCAUUUAUUUGUUACAUUUUUCUAUUUUUCAACCUCCCUUAAUUAACUUACUUAUUCACUGAAUUAUAACAUCGACCAUUAAGACGAUCACGUUUAAUAUAAAAAUUACAUGGAAAGAGCAGUAAAAGUGCAGCAAGUACUUUAAAACGUGAAAAUUCAUAAAUCCUGAUUUUUUCAGGGAGUCUUUAAAAAAAAUUCAACAUGACAAAAUCUCUAUAACUGAGAAUCAUUUGCGGAUCGAACGUGUGCUUAUGUCUCUUAUCUUGAACAUUUUCUAUUUGUUGCUUCCACUUAAUUUUUUGUUUCUUUUUCGUUUUAAUCUUUUUCUCUUUUUCUUAUAAGCGAGCCACGCGCCGAACGUUCAUCCAUGGCCGCCUACUCGCAACGCGAUAAUACCCAUUAACGUAAUGGACUCUCUAUUUUUAUCGGAUUACAAAAAAAGAGUAUAACAAGCGAGUACACGGCCCUAGCGUGAUUAGGAUGAAUUAGAUGGCUCGAAUUCAAAAUCUACGUCUUGUUGUAAUGUGACGAAGCAGUGUAAAUUUUGCGAUACCUCACACCGAGAUGUAACAUAUUAUUGUUGGCUUAAUAAAACAAAAAGAAUCCACGAGCAAUUCGAAUCGUUAAUGUUUCUCGUCGUCUCGUGUAUCCUUCGUUCUCAUCAGCGGCACUAUUUGCAUAUUGUUCUCAUAAACUUUUAAUUAUAAUUAAUUAAUACCAUUAUAAUUUAAAUCCACCAAAUUCAUCACUCAUCCUUGAAUCUUCGUUCUGUCCAAUAACAGUAGGAAUCGAAGUUAGAUUCUGUAAAAAGUUAAAUUACAUAUUGUGUUUUAAAAAAUAUCAAAUAUCGAGCGACUCUACGCCAGCAUGUAUACGUGUAUGUAGAAUCAAUGCAACAUACAAGUUAAAAAAAGAAUAAAAUGCGCGAACGAAAAACUUUCAAACAUAUCGUAAAUUUGGCCAUUUUUUGACUAACAAUACAAUUUUGACCUGCAGCAGGAUUGAUCGUUGUAAAGCCAAUUUUAUAUUGCGCUUAUAAAAUAAUAUCAAGUUCACUCGAUAACAAGAUGGUCACUCUAUUGCUAUUCUCAUAGUGAUUUAUCUCUGGUCAAAAUUGAUCCAUACCAUAUGUUUAGUCCCAUAGCAACGAACAUAUGGGAGUGUUUAUGUUCCAAUUUUUGGCCUCUGUAUUAUCAAUACUCUUCUCCCUUGAAAUGACGCAAAUGAGAAACAACAAUAUAAGAAUGUAAAUAUAAUUGACAGCUGCCUAAUACGCAACCUCUAUACUAUAUGUACGAUAUCUUUUCUAAUCAUCUUUAAAUUGCUUUUGUGACAUUGCCAAUGAAAAUUAUUGUACCAAUUAGAUAUAAUUACGUACGUUUUAUCGUUAAUAAUACGUCGUUAUGUUUAAAACAAAAUUUUAAUUUUGAAUAACAUGAAAAUCAACAGUAUCAAACCAUAUUGUAUCCGCUGUCCAUAAUAAGAUUUCUAUGAAUUAUACACUGUAAGCCAGACGGGUGAUGGAAUGUACAUUAUUUGCAAUAUAAUUAUAUCACACAGACUAUCCGAUGAAACAUGUAGUACACGUUCACGGAAUACUGUAACGGACGAAGGAAGAAAAAAGUUCGUCUUUAAGAAGUCAUAUGGCUGUGAUAUAUCAAGAGAUAUACCAAUUUAUAUUGCAUAGCGAUUCCUAACGACACGCAUUAUGUAUCCGGUAAUUAGAAGACUAGAAUCAUAUAUUCCAUAGGUGUCUACGAGAGUCUUUAGUCGCGUCGAGUACAAUGGUAUUGUAAAAUAUUUUAAAUUAGCUUCUAUCCUAUGUAUUAUGUGUAUACAAAAGAUAUUUUUAAAAACCGGUGUUAAGCCGUUUACCAAGCGCGUUGAUGAAAUAAUGGCGUAGAUGACGUAUGCGGUUAAGAAAAAUUAAAAAAAAAAGUGAACAACAUACUAAAAAUUUGAAAAAUUUUCGCGCCACUUUUUUAAAAGUAUUCUCAAGCGAAUCCUAUUAACAUUGAGAUUCCGUAAAUAGUAAUGAUGAUAAUAAUAAAUAUUGGGACACUACGACGAUAAAGGUAAUAGGUGAAUAAUUGAAGCUUUGUAAGAUAUAAAGGAGGCUUAAGGUUAUGUUUAGUCAUAAUAAUACGAAUUAGGUAAUAUUUAAUAUUAUUUCUAUCAUAUAUCUAUACGACAUAACGAGAUAUCGAUUCUCAAAGUGAAAUUGCACAAGAUGGAAUAAAUAAAGAGAAAGGCAAAAUUGUA